GCUCAGCAUUUCACCCAGUGUCUCAAGACUCUGUUCAGCGUGCUCAACUAUGAACGGACAAAACAUACUAACCUUCUGGGGGCUUCUGUACUGGGCCUGAAUGAUGUCUACAGGACCUGGCGGGCCUUUGUACUGCAUGUACGCACUCUGAACCCGGCACCCAGGAUGUACUUUGUUAAGGCAGAUGUGACCGGGGCAUAUGAUGCCAUCCCGCAGGAGAAGCUUGUGGAGGUUGUUGCCAAUAUGAUCAGACACCCGGAGAACACAUACUGUAUCCGCCAAUAUGCAGUGAUCCAAAGAGAUAGAGAAGGCCAAAUCCACAGGUCCUUCAGGAGACAGGUCUCCACCCUCUCUGACCUCCAGCCACACAUGGGCCAGUUCGUGAGGCAUCUUCAGGACUCAGAUACCAGUGCGCUGAGGAACUCCGUUGUCAUUGAGCAGGUCCUUGGGCUCCCCAUUAAUCGGCCGCACCUGGUGGGGCCUUCCUCCUCUACUUGGCUAUUUGCUUCAGUGGUGCCAUUAGGUUCUCUGUGCUAUGUCCAGUGCCAGGGCAUCCCCCAGGGCUCCAGCCUGUCCACCCUGCUCUGCAGUCUGUGUUUCGGAGACAUGGAGAACAAGCUGUUUGCUGAGGUGCAGAAGGAUGGGCUGCUUUUGCGUUUUGUUGAUGACUUUCUGUUGGUGACACCUCACCUGGUCCAGGCGGAAGCCUUCCUCAGGGCCCUCGUCCAUGGCAUUCCUGAGUACGGCUGCAUGAUAAACUUGCAGAAGACAGUGGUAAACUUCCCUGUGGACCCUGGUGCCCUGGAUGGUACAGCUCCACACCAGUUGCCUGCUCACUGCCUGUUUCCCUGGUGUGGCUUACUGCUGGACACUCAGACUCUGGAGGUGUUUUGUGACUACACUGGUUACGCCCGGACCUCAAUUAAGGCCAGCCUCACCUUCCAGCGCAUCUUCAAGGCUGGGAAGAACAUGCGACACAAGCUCCUAGCUGUUUUGCGGUUGAAGUGUCACAGUCUGUUUCUAGACUUGCAGAUGAACAGCCUUCAGACAGUCUGCAUCAAUGUGUACAAGAUCUUUCUGCUUCAGGCCUACAGGUGAGUCAUGGACUGUGCCACCACUAGAGGGAGGCACAGGCCACAGUGCCUGCCAUGCUGUCUGCUGCUGGGGCCUCCAAGCCUAAGGCAGAGCUGGCUAGUUGCUCCCCUAACUGGGUGGCAUGCUGAAGUGGGUUUAGGAAAAAGCAGCAUUCAGUUUUUGUCACACAGCUCCAUAUUUGUCAGAUGAGAACCUCUUUUGCUCUCUCUGCACUGGGAGCACAUGCGACCUAAUGUGCUGACCAGAGCCUGUAGCCAGAUGUCUUGAGACAGGAGAGGGAACUGGGGUAAAGACCCCCCCAGGAAAGCGCCUCAGAAGGCAUAGGAUGGGAAAGGGUAGCAGGGGGAUUCAGAGCCUCAGAAAGCAGAGAAUCAGAUCCAUUGCUGAUAGCAAUCUUGCACUCCAAAAGGCAUGACCAAGAUACAGCCUAAAGCAGCCUGGCCAUCAUGGUGCCCCACACAUUGUGUUGUGCUUUUGGAACA